AUGUCCGCCCUURAAAACAAAGAUGCAGCAUUCGACGAACGCCAAAGCAUGGUCACUCCCAAAGCCCCAACAACCACCAAAGAUGUAUUUGAUAAGAUUGGCAACUUUGGUCUUUUCCAAAAACUGGUUUUUCUGUUUACCGUGUAUGCUUUAAUCAGCUGGGCUUGCUUCAAUGAUGGAAGUAUCUAUCUUCUGAUAGCUGAACCGCGUUGGGAGUGCAUUGCGAACAGCACUGUUUGUAACAUCACUGGGACGAUAGGUCUUGGUGAACCCAACUAUGAAUACAGAUGCAGAAUACCUCGACGAGAAUGGAAAUUCAUAGAUGAAUAUACCUCACUGGUCUCUCAGUUUGAUCUUGUAUGCGACAAAGGAACACUUGUUCCAAUCAUGCUGACCAUUGACUCAAUAGGUGGAGUCGUUGGUGCCGCUGGGGUUGGUUUCAUCUCUGACAGAUUUGGACGAAAGAAAGCAUUAUUCUUAGCUGGUUUAAUAGGAACAAUUGCACUGUUUGUCCUGCAAUACUCGCCUGUGUUUGAAAUUGCAGCUGCUCUGAGCUUCUUUCAAGGAAUCGCAGUAGGUGGAGUUUGUGGUGCAGGAUAUACCAUUAUUGCAGAAUGUGUUGGCAGCAAACACCGCUCGCUUUUUUGUAAUAGUAUCUGGGCCUUUUAUGGAGUUGGAUUCAUGUUAUUUGGUGGGAUUGGUCACCUUGCACGUGACUGGAAAACCUUUAUGUUAAUACUCUCCAUUUGUGGAAUGCCUGCGCUACUCUUUUAUUGGUUUGUACCAGAAUCUCUACGAUGGCUUAUCAUCAACAAACGAUUCGACGAGGCAAGACGCACAUUAAAUCGAAUCGCCAAGGUAAACCGCAAGGUCUUAACUGAAGAAAUUGAGCUACCCAACUAUGAAAGGGAGAAAAAAGUUAAUCCUGGUGAUGUUCGACUGUUGUUUCGACCAGGAUUUGCUGUUCGUACCUUGGUCAUUUGGUAUAACUGGUUUGUCAAUGGAAUGAUUUAUAACGGUUUGCAUCUGAUUGCACCAAACAUCGGAGGAAGCUUGUACUUCAACUGGUUCCUUGCAGGGCUAUCAGAGUUCGUUAGCUCUCUAUUGGGAGUUCAUCUGUAUAACAGAUUUGGAAGAAAGAAAGUUACCGUCAUCAGUCAAAUUCUUGCGUCUAUGUCAACGCUCGGAUCUGUCAUUUUCACGCUUAACGACGAUGGAAGUAAAGGUUUCUUAAUUGGAAAAAUUAUGUUCACAAUGGUGCUGGCAAAGUGCUUCAUCGUAACAUCAUAUAAUGGAAUUGGCUUACUUACUGCAGAGACCUACCCCACAUCAGUCAGGAAUAUUGCAAUUGGAGGAGGAACAACUUUUACUAACGUCGGUGUGGUGACGACUGGCUUCAUUGCAUAUCUGAUUCGGCUUCAUCCAGUGUUGCCACAAGCAGUCAUGACAUUGAAUGCAUUCAUCGGUGGCCUGCUGUGCUAUGUAUGUCUCAAGGAGACCAACAAUCUUCCAAUACCAGAGGAAUUUGCUGAUAGUAAGAGAGAAGAGAAAAAGAAAGGCCGUGAAGUUCUAGUCAUCUAG